AUGUCCACCUCCGAGCUCGCUUCUUCCUACGCGGCCCUCAUCCUUGCCGACGAUGGCAUCGAGAUCACCGCCGACAAGCUUCAGGCUCUGAUCAAGGCCGCCAACGUCGAGGUUGAGCCCAUCUGGACCUCCAUCUUCGCCAAGGCUCUCGAGGGCAAGGACGUCAAGGAUCUCCUUGUCAACGUCGGCUCCGGUGGCGGUGCCGCCCCCGCUGCCGGCGGUGCUGCCGCUGGCGGUGCUGCUGCCGCCGACGCCCCCGCCGAGGAGGCCAAGGAGGAGGAGAAGGAGGAGUCCGACGAGGACAUGGGAUUCGGUCUCUUCGAUUAA